AUGGAAGAGACCCAGAAAGCCAGCAGUGCCCGAAGAUUAUUUCAGUUGGUCCGCGCGACCAGGCCCCGGGAACCACAAGUGAGCGAAACCAACCAUCCAACUGCUGGGACAAAUAAUUUCGUGACCACCCGUUGCCACUCAUCUGGAACCUGCAGCUUAAGCAGAGCUCCUAACGAUGGCUCCGUUCGUUUUGCACCGUGUUUUGCCAGCAGCAACUGCGCGUCACCCGGCGCUGACACCCUCAGACAGCUCGAAAUCAGUCUUCAAGCCUCGACGCCCAGUCUGUCUGGCUGCUCGCACAGUGAAGAAAACAAAUCAACAAGCUGCUCUUGCUCACACUGGGCUCGCUUGACAUUGAUGAGUGCUGUGUAUCAGAAACAAGAGUUCAAGAUGCAAGCACAUUGUGUAUGUCCGGCAAUCCAUAGGCCGCUACGGCAGGAUAUGCAGGGAUUGCGAAAAGACCCUUGUUUGGAUGUUGGUCCAUUCACCGAACUUGGCAAUCCGACUGCCAAACUCGGCGGACAAACCAACCCAAGAAGCGCACCGAGCUGCCUACAUUCCGCAACAUUGCCAGAUCCUUGCUUGACUAGAUACCCGAUGAUAGUCGCCUCUGCGCGGUACGUCUGGUGA